AUGGACAACACCGGUGGCCUGUGCUCACUCCAGCUCUCUGACUGGAGGGUACACUUUGUAGGCUCCCGCUCUCCCCCCCUCCGCCCCCUCCCCGUGGCCUGGCAGCCCUCCACUCUGGUUUGUGCGUCUGACGAAGUGUUAACACUACAGAAGAGCAAGAGGAUCCUGCAGAUACAAAUUAUUUUGGCCCCGGCCUUUGCUGUUUGGUGGAAGUCAGCGAGACGGCGAGCCAGGGCACGCUACAGGCGCAGAGAGAGGGAGAGGGUCCAGGGCGUGGACACGGAGGCGUUUGAGCUGCUACGCUGUUUAGCAGCCUGCUACCACGGCCACUGGUUAAAAGUCGUGCGUGGCCAUGUCUCCUCACUAACUUUGUACAUAGUGCUCAUGAUGCUGUUGGCCACUGCUGUUUUGUUUGGGUUUUCAUUUAAGUCUGGUCUGGGCGUGGUCGUCCCUGGUGGAGGUUUGGUGGCGGAGUCUCACGUCAGUCCCCCUCACUCCUCACCCAAGCAAACAGCAGUGGGCGCUUCGAGGGAUCUGCUGCCCCAGAACAAUCAUCCUCCCUUCUCAGACGUGUCUACGUGCUCUACCUGCCCACCUCUCCCUUCAACCAUGACUAUGGAACUGCAAGAGCUGAGGGACCAGCUGGCACAGCUCCAAUCGGAAAAUGUGCGGCUCCAGGAGAGGCUUGCUCUUCGUGAAACUCCCGCAGACUCUGGUGCCUCCACUUCCACAGACUCUGGGACUACUAGCUCUCGACACCGCACUAAUGGCUCACCAGCUGAACACGUCACUAUAUUUGGUAUGGUAGUUCCGCAGCGGGGUAUCUUGGUGGUCAAGGAGCCGUUCAGACAGCAAGCUUCAGAUGGGGUAAAGGGUGUGAUAGGCAUGAAUGUGAUUAAGGAGUGUUACUACCAGUUGUUCAGCCAACAUGGGUCACACCUUUUUGAUCUCCCUGAGAUACGCCUUGCACCCCCGCUCUGGCAGCGGGCGUUACAGCACUGUCACCGAAUGGAGUCCCAGACUCUCCAGCCAGAGAGGGGAGUGGCUAAAGUGAGAGGCACAGCGUUACUUGAGCCCUUGGAUGAUUGCCAGUCUCUGCAACAGGGUCUGCUAAUCUCACCAGCUAUGGUCAACAUCCACCAAGCACGCCCAGGGACUCCUCUUCCGAACGAGGUGCAACUGGCCAUAAAAUGCACCAGUGUGGCUACUCAAUGCGCCAUGUCAGUCAUCCCUAAGAGGUCAACAGAUGACGUGAAGGUGUUGCAGCAGGCCGAUCCAGCUAUCGCCCCGGUGUUGGCCUUUAUACAGCGGCAGUGUGCCCCAGGAAGAAUGGAGAGGGAGGCACUUGACCCUGCGGCCAGAAGCCCCACUAGCGGUCAGCUCCGCCCCCGGGUCACGGGUUGGACUCCUACCAGCCCCACGUACGGUCAGCCCUGCCCCCAGCUCACGGUUUGGACCACCACCAAGACGCUCUACCCGUCAGACAGCCGGCCAGCAUCCUAA